AUGCAUAUCGAGAUCCCGGCUGUCGGUUCCAGAUUCUCAAGAGAGGCUUCGCCUGCGCUGAGUGGGCGCAGCGAAGCUCGAUCUCACUUGAGUUCGGCGGUGGAGGUGCUUCUCGAUGCCGUCGGGCAUGACAGUAAUGAUGGUGACAGAUCAGGCACAGUGGGACUGUUGAAUGGUGAGCCGAGUGCCCGAACGUCUCGCUCUCGUUUUCGGGACGUGUUGGGCAUCGGCGUCGUUCUGAUAGCUUUCUUCGUGGGCGUGUACUUCCUAUUCUGGAUGCGCAGAGUUCUUGUGCCGCUGACCUUCGCCCUUUUCCUGGCUUUCCUUUGUGAGCCUCUUCUAGCAUUCAUGGUCACCGCCCCAAGGUCUGCUGCCAGAAGGCUGCAGCGGUGUAAGCAAGGUCGCUCCAGGGACAGGAAGCCUCACGAUCACAAGGGAGUCCCGGUCGGUCGGGCGGAGGAAGAUGCAACAUCUUCUGAUCUUGAUAGCAUAGGAAGCGCCGCGAGCAUAACCGUCAGUGACUGUGAUGGCCAAGCGGCCAAGACGUGCUGUGCUUCGUGCGGAAAGUGGUUGCAGCAGAUUUGGAGUAUUUUCGCGGUCUUGAUCCUGGUGGUGACGCUUUUGACUGUGACGUUCUUGAUCUUUUAUGGGGUUGUCAGAGUUUUUGCCGAUUUCGACUGGAGUCAGUUCUCAGACUCUGCGAAGAUGCAUGACAUCCAGUUUCUUCUAGAAAAAGCAGGCAUUGUUGACGGCAAAAUGAACGUGAACUUUCAGAAGGUGGCAGCUGAGUUUAAAAGUUAUCUCCUAGAUACGGCCUCAACAUUCUUUCACUUCGUUGAAGGAUUCAUGCUCUGUGUCUUGAUGUUCAUCUUCUGCCUGAUUGGCAUGCUCCCUGAAAUCAACUCCGGGAGACGUCCAUCUCCAGUUAAGGAUCUGGUGCAGAGGUACUUGAUGGUCAAGUGCGUGUCCAGCCUUGUCAUCGCGGUGCUGGUCAUGUUUGCACUGUGGGCAAUGAAGGUGCCUCUUCUCGUCGUUUGGGGCCUUGUCACCUUCGUCACGAACUUCAUUCCGAACCUAGGUGCACUAAUUGCAAUUCUGGCGCCGAUUCCAUUUGUUUGGCUCAAGCCCGACGGCACGCUGCUGGACACAUUCGUCGUCAUCCUCGUUCAGUUCUUGGUGCACAAUAUCGCCGGCAAUAUCAUAGAGCCACACAUCAUGUCACAGGGUUUGGAGCUUCACCCCUUGACGAUUGUGGUGGCCCUCAUGUUUUGGAGCAGCAUCUGGGGAAUCGCAGGAGCUGUGCUCUCCGUUCCGAUUAGUUGUGUGCUUCGCCUGUGGCUCGGGGAACUGGAAGAUCAUCGAGCAAAGCGAUUGUACAGAUUGUUUGAUGAUCCACUGGGGUGA